ACUCUCUGGUACUCGUGAUACAAAGCGGUGAAAGACACUUCGUGCAUUUGGGUUUUGCAUAUUACACCUACAAUACACAAUCUUAUGCACCUUGACGAAAUCAUUAUAAUAUGCAUAAAUAAUCAACUGUAGUUGGGUAUUUUACUUGGGACUCGAUUUUACUUAUCUUGGUUUUGUUACAUACGACCUUUACAUUCCAAGUCUAACGUUCUGAUUGUAUCAACAUCGCUCAUUGUGGUGAGGAAAGAAAAAACAGCAUGACGUUUACCCAAAGAUCACCAGCUUUUAGCUCAGUAUAAAGGGCAACACUCAGCACAUAACAUCACAGAGUAUUACGUGAGUUGUUCAUAAACAAGCCGAUAUGGUAAUCUGACAAUUUAAUAUACUCAAAACGAAAGUUUAGUACUAAAUUGUUUACACCUCAACACCUCACACAAAUCUUCAAAUAUGCGAUUGUGGUUUAGCAUCACGACACUGUUAAUACUGGUAUGUAUUAUACUAGAGUCUGCGGCAGUGAAAUCAAAAAGAGAUUCUGGUGAUGCAUCAAAAUAUCGCCAUAAAUCAUCAAAUCCAGCAGAAGACCAUUAUUCUAUCAACAAAUUAAACCAUAAAAAAAAAAUUCAUAACGAAGAACGAAAAAUGCUUAAAAAAAAGGGGCAACAUCGAAAUGCAGAAGUAAAUGAGAAGAUUGAAUCCAGUGAAUUUCAAAAGGAAGAAUCAAAUGAACGCAAUGGAAAAGUAUAUUAUGGAGAAAAAAGAGAAAAGAUGAGCCAGAACAAAGUUAGUAAAAGUAAAGAAAAUGUUAAGUACGAUAGGCAUGCUGAUAAACCUAGAUCUAAGAAAAUUAAGAGAUCUACCAAGCUCGAAGUACCAAACGAAACGUUGGACAAUGAUGCCGGCCACCUGGAUGGCUUUACGAAGAACUUGCACUCCAAUUUUGAUUCAGCGUCGAAAAAAGAGAAAUCUAAGAAUAAAGUCACGGAAAAAUCUGGAUGUGGUAUUGGUAAAUCAGAGGACAGUGAACUUAAAGAUGAGUUUACUGUGAAUGCCGAUCAAGUACCGGACAUACAGCCACCUAAAGAGACUGCAUCUGCAUUAGAUUAUAAUGAUAAGAGAGGAAAAGCAAAAGAAUUCGAAAAACAGAAUGUGAAUUCAGAGAAAAUUAAAAAACAAAAACACAAUAAUAAGAGUAAUGAUCUAUGUAAGGGAAAUAUCGACUUGAAAAGGACUGAAUUGCCUAAGGAGAAGAAUCACAAAAUUACAAAACCUGUUCAAUCAAAUGGUCAGAAAAUUAAAUAUCCGAAUAAUUUACCAGAAAAUAGUUACUACUUGAACGAGGAUGGGUUGAUAAAAAAAAAAAGAGCUAAGAAUGUAAACGUGAAACAAAAAUUGUCGGAAAAAACCUCUGAAGGUGAAUUGGAAUGUAAACCUCGAACGAAUGACUGCAAAUUACCAGUUUUAGAUGCACCGAUACACGAAACAGACAAGCCAGAAGAAUACGAGUCUGGUACUUGUAAUCUGGAAGAUGAUUAUUCAACUGAGCAAAGCAAAAUUUGCUAUGGGAAAUCUAAAUAUAAUGCGAACGAAGUCGCAAAACAUAGUAUAACAGGUACUAAACAAGAUGACGCUGAGGCUUCGAACUCAGUAAAUAUGGAGCAAAUAUCAGCGAAACAAAAUACAGUCGGAGACAAUAGUGCCGAAGAGGAAAAGUCGAAUGGAGAAGAAUCAAUAAGAGAAAAUGCUGUGCAAGAGGACAGUGACGCAGAGUCACAGUCAAAUUUGCAAAUAAAAAUAAGUAGUUCAAAUAAUUUUCCAACCGGAUAAAGGGUUAAAAACUAUAUUGCAUAGGUAUUAUAAUAAUUAACAAUUAAAAUAUUCGAACCGAUCUUUUAAAAAAAGGUGUAAAUAUAUAAAU